AUGCAGGCCGCAACUCUACCGCCCUUAAGUCGAGGCGAACUGUCGCCCGUCUCGACCACUGGCAGUGAAUGGUCCGGAGUCAAUGCAUACAAUCAGAUCCCCAGAAACGACGCUCCUCUGAACGCAUAUUCUCUACCCAAAGACGACUAUGGUCCCAACAAAGCACUUCCCGCGCUCCGCUCACCUCCCAUCAAUGGUCCUCCUGGUUUUGGCGGGCCUGGCCAGCUCGAACCUUUGGGUCAACGUCGUCCCUCUGAUUCCGGCUCGCGAGGUUCAUCCCGUGCUGCAUCGAUCGCGAAUUCGCGCUCUAGCGAUGGCACGAUAUCCGACCAACAGAGCAGGAAAUAUAAGAAGAUGGAGAUUGAACUGUUCCAGCAUUAUACGAUCCUCAAGGGUUACUUAAGAGGUGCUUCGCAGGUCCCGCCGCGUCCCAAUAAAGCCAGAGACAAGUUGCUGCGACUCUCGCCUGUCCAGUUUCACGAACUAAGUACCGAUGUCUUCGAUGAAUUGCAAAGAAGACAAGCCGGUGCAGCGCUUCCGGGGAGACCCCCGCGCGUUCAGAAUGUCCCCAACUUCCUCCAACCACGCUCGGACUUUCAUGAAAAACGCAACCAAGCCCGACAGAAAUUGUCCUCCUUGCAGACACCACGCUUUAGGGAUCUUUCCACGGACGUCUUCUGCGAACUGGAAAGGAGAUUCCCGCAAUUUGCUUCCCGACCUGACACAGCGAACAGGCCUGGCAGCCGUUCACGAUCACGAGGCCCCGGAAGUGUCUCGUCGGCGAAUGGACUUCCCGCCUUUCCCGGCCCGCAAAGAUCGCAAACCUUUGGUCCUUCUGGGUCGCAAGGGUUCUCUCAGAGACAAGAUUCUGUUUCAAGCCUUCCACCUUUUGACAACCAGCCUGCUGCUGAAUUCGGUCGUCCAAUGGCAAAGCAAUUUCAGAGCAAUACAAUCACUCCCAACAAAAGCACCAUGGUAGAGGACGAGGAUGACACACAACCAACCGGUUCUCGCUAUGACCGCUCAAGUGAUGCAUUCGGGCUAGAAAGCUCGCUUGCGAGCCCGAGAAGCGAUCGAGACACGUCGGCCACCUCUCAGAGCGGCGCUAGCUUGCCCUAUAAUUCGAAGCUUGGCCAGACGAAUGUAUCGGAGUUGCAAGAGAAGAUGGCAGAACUCGAAUCCACUGUGGAAACGAAGGAUCGACAAAUCCGCCAAUUGACUGCGGAUAGCACUGAAUGGGAAGCGGCCAAACUAGAUUUGGAGAAGAAACUGGAGGAAGCCCAGAACUUGAACAAGUCAAUGCAAGAAGAGAUCGAGAAGUUUAAAGCCGAGCAACCCCAUUACAGCGGAGAAAACGUACUAUGGAAAACAAAGUACCUCAAACUUGACCACGACCAUGGUGUUUUGCAAGAGCAACUCAACCUGCAGCGGAACUUGACAGAUGAAGUCAGUCGGCAAGGCCAGUUGUAUCUUCAGGAAAUGAGAGAUAUGGCGGAGUCUGGGACCGGCAGCUCUGAGCGUGAAGAGAAGCUCCAAGAACAAGUGCACAAGCUCGAGGAGGAAGUCAAGGAAUGGAAAGGUCGCUAUGUCAAGACCAAGACCCAACUCCGAAGUGUUCGAGCAAGUUCAAUUGGUCUUACAAUCUCUCGGGCUGAUGUUGCUCGACACGGAGCCGCUCUACAGGACCAAGGGGGCUUGGUCAAGGACGUCAAUGUCACUAAAUUCCAAAUUGCCAUCGACGAGCUACUUCGCAUUGCCCGAUCGGAAACACCCGCUGCGGUACUUGAUCACAUGAAAGUUGUCGUACUAGCCGUCCGAGGCAUCACGUCGGAUAUUGAUGCUGCACCGUCUACAGACAAGGAGGACGAGAUGACGAAACGAAGGGCGAAAUUGAAGAGCAAAGUUUCGGCCACAGCGAACAAUCUGAUCACAGCUUCGAAAAAUUUUGCUUCUGCACAAGGGUUGUCCCCUAUCAGUCUCGUAGAUGCAGCGGCGUCCCAUCUGACAGCUGCUGUGGUGGAUCUUCUCCAUACUGUCAAGAUUCGCCCCACACCUGCAGGGGAACUUGAAGAUGAUGAUGAGCCAACUUUGGAGCCUCUCCAGAGCAACGGAUAUUUCAACGUUGUCGAGUCGCUGAGAAGACGGAGUGCAGUGGAGAGCGUGUAUAGCGCGCUGAGUACCCCAUCCGAGGCUAGAACGAACAGCAAUCAAGCCAGCUCGGGUCUCUAUCAGCGUGGUGGCUCGGCGUAUAUCAAUGGUCCUGGACUAGGGAUUAAAUCUACAGCUGGGUUUGGAACGAGCCAAGAGGAAGCUGACCUCGAGGACCUCAAGAUGUAUCUCGAGGACCAGACGGACGGGUUAGUCCAAUCCAUUACCUCGUUGGUCGAUGCGAUCCGCGGCAAUGAGCCUACGAACACAAUCCAGAACCAUAUCUCGACCAUUGCAGGCACGAUUGAGAAUAUCAUCAGCUCGGUAGAAAGGACUGGAGGCGAACUGACAUCUUACAAGGCCUUGUUAGCAGAAAAGUCUGGACCAAUUCUCAAAAUACUCCAAGACUGUCGCCACAACCUUCUCCAGACAAGCUUGACAGAGGGUCGAGAAUCGACACAAAAACUCCCACCUAUGGCAUUCCAGAUUGCGCGUGAGACCAAGGAGCUCGUGUCACGGAUCAUGGCAAUCGAGGCUGGUCGCGACGAAGAUUUUAGCUGA